AUGCAUGCUUACCAUCGACCUCCUGGGAAAUUAUCGCGCCUUAUUCCAUCAGUUCCCAGUUUCAGAUUGGUUUCUCGAGCCACGUCUCCCGUCAUGCGAGAGGAGAAUGACAACCCGGAGUAUGAUCGUAAGAAAUAUUAUCCCGCUCGUAUUGGAGAGACCCUCGCUAGACGAUACCGCAUCAUCUCAAAGCUCGGCUGGGGUGCCAAUUCCACCGUCUGGCUCGCCAAAGACACAGCUCGUUGGGCGUGGCAGUCAAACCGAUAUGUGACGGUAAAAAUUACCAACUGCGGCAAAGAAGAGCAAAGAUCGGCCACGGAAGAAUUGGAAAUGUCGCGAUAUAUCUCGCAGUUGCGAUCGAGUCAUGAAGGUCGGGCAUACGUCCGGCUGGUCCAUGAGUCCUUUGGCCUCCGAGGCGCGCAGGGAGAGCAUUUAUGCUUGGUAUAUGAACCAUUAAGGGAACCACUGUGGCUUUUGGGGAAGCACCUUGGAAGCAACGGCGUGCCUCCCGCUGUCCUCAAGCCGUUUUUGAAAUUAUUGCUCCAGGGCCUUGACUUUCUGCACUCUGAGUGCCAUAUUAUACAUACCGAUCUCAAGGCAGAUAACUUUCUCGUGGGAUUCGAAGACCGUGAUGUUCUUGAGAAUUAUGCUCGCGAACAAGAACGCAAUCCUGCUCCGUGUUGGGAUCAUGAUGGUCAUCCUGUAUUUCAGUCUCGUUCAGACUUCGGGCAUCUGAGGAAAGGGAUGGGACUAGUUCAAAUUAGCGACUUCAGUGCUGCUGUUUUUGGCAACACCUCUGAGGCUCAUAAUCAUGAUAUUCAGCCUCAACCCUUUUGUGCACCAGAGGUACUUUUAAAGGCAACCCGGACAUAUAGUGCCGAUAUUUGGAACCUGGGAACCAUGCUAUGGGAGCUUCUUGCAGAUGAUAUUCUUUUCGAUGGACUGGACUCUAGCAGCAACACAUAUUCCCGAGCAAAGCACAUAGCCCAAAUGAUACGCGUACUUGGUCCACCUCCACUGCAAGUACUAGCAAGGGCAGACCAAGGCAUUUGUUCAGCCCUCUUCUCCAGUCAUGGAGAGUUCAAAUUUCCAGGUAUAGUCCCACCUGACGAGUUCAACCUUUCCAACAGUACGCCAUUUCUCCACGGAGAAGACAAAAGGCUUUUUCUUGAAUUUGUGGGGAAAAUGCUCCGCUGGGAGCCAGCUGAUCGGGCAACGGCUGGGGAGCUGUACAAUGACCCCUGGCUCAGCUUUAAGCCUUAA